ACUCACUCUGUCAUGUUCAUGUACUCCAACCAUGCCACUGCCACCUUCUAUUUCCCCUCCACUUUCCUCCCACUCCCAACCACCAUAGCCUCCAUUCCCAAAACCUUCUUACCAACACUUUCCUCACCAAAACCCCUCUUCUCUCUCAGAACCCCUACUCCUAUUCCAAUCAGGGCUGCUGCUUCAUCAAACAGCGCCGACAAUACCGGUAACGCAAACUGGACCAAGUGGGUCCCUGCCGGUUCCCUCGCAGCCGAUAAGGUCCUCAGGUUGAUUGCCGGCGCCACCGCCAGUCCCAUUGGCCAGUUCGUGUCCUCGCCCACUACCUUUCUUCACUCCAUCGAUCCUAGAGUCAAAUUGGUAUGGCUUUUAGCUUUGGUUAUUCUUCCGGCAAGGUCACAUAUAAUUAUGCAGUUUGGAUUAGUAGCAUACUUGACUCUGAUUUCAGUUUGGGUUCUGCCAAGAGAAGUUUGGAUGGAUCAAUUGGGGAGAGUUUAUUUGCUAUCAGGAUUGUUAUUCAUAACAUUAGGGCUAGGUGCAGAUGGUGUGCCCCCACUUGUUCAGUUGAGAACUCCAACACCUGCAUUGAUGGGGCUUCCUAAGCUUCCUGUAUCAUUAACAGGUUAUUCAUAUGUAAUCGCCAAGUUAGGUCCAUUAACCUUUACAAGGAAAGGCUUAUCCAUAGCAAGCACUGCUGCCUGUUUGACUUUUAUGGUAUUUCAAAGUGCUAGUCUCUGCCUCACAACUACUACCCCUGAACAACUAGCAUUUGCAUUGCGAUGGUUUUUGCUCCCUCUGAAAUAUAUAGGUGUCUCUGUGUCAGAAAUUGUGCUUACCCUUUUACUGUCAUUGAGAUUCAUCGGUCUAGUUUUUGAUGAGGUUCGAAACAUCGCUUUAGGGAUUGUAUCUCGCAGGGUAAAUUGGAAACAAUUGAGUACUAUGGAGACAAUUGAUAUCUUCUUUAACUACUUCCGGCAAAUCUUCAAAAAUAUUUUCAGCCAUGCAGAACAAAUUUCUCAGGCUAUGAUAGCCAGAGGUUUUAAAGGGGACAGUGGUGAUCAUAAACUCUACUUCUUGGCAGAAUCAUCUUUUGGAAUGGCAGAUAUUGUAUGCUUGUUGUUCUUGACAAUUAUCAUUGGAGCUGCUUUUCUAUCUGAGUACUACCUUGUGUGAUAACUAAUACUUGCCUAUCUGGCAUUGUGACUUGUGAGAGCAUUUGUUAUGUAAUUUUGUUCAAUUUUUCAUCUUAUGAUUAGAUGAUUAUAAACACUACAGCCCCUUGCAAGAAAAUGUAUUUUCCCCAAUGCAAAAUAUAUGAUGGGGGUUAACACAUUGCAAGGGGAAAAUUAUCAACAGAUGAAGGGAAGAAAAAUAGGUGGCUUGCUUCUGAUGUUAGUUUUGUCAAAUUAGAAAAAUGAUAUUUGUACAAUUUUAUGGACAUAUCUUUUGUAUAUU